AUGUCGUUAAAAAGAAGAAUAGCCUGCUUCAGAAUGCACCAGUCAUUGAAAUUGCAUGAAAGAGAGGUAUCAGAAAUAAGAAAAUAUGAUCCGCUCGAUAAGUUCUCUGGAUCCAAGGACAGAGUGCAUAAAGCAAUCAAGGCUCUUGUUACUCCUCAGAACAACUUCCCUGUUUUCUUGAACGGUUCCGUAAUAUAUGGAGGCUUGGGUGGUGGGAGUGAUAGUAUUAAUCAUAUGAUUGGGAAAGAAGACGUUCUCAGGUCUGUGAUUCAGAUAGAUGAUGGCCUACGCACGACAAAUUUCCUACACCUUGUUGCUGAAACUGUUUUCAGAUCAGGAUUACUAGAUCAGCUUCUCAAACUUCAGAAACUUGAUGUUGACUUAGGUGCAAUUCAUGCCUAUUACAACUUUAUUUCUCAGCCUUGUAUGGUGUGUAGAGAUUUGGGUGAAGACAAAAUGUCGGACAGAUACAAGUAUCUGCAUUCAUUGUCUUUGGAUGAAAGCUUCAAAAUAAACUAUUUGAUAGCUGCAACUGCAAAGGACUUGAGCAUGAUGAUUUGUUUUCGGCCAAGGAAAGAUAAGGAUAUAGAAUUUUCAUUUAGUAGUGUAUUUCUAAAGUCAACCAACCAGAUAUUCGAUUACAAGGCAUCUUUUAUUGAUCUCGAUAUGAAGCCAUUGACUUCGAUAUGAAGCGUUUGAAUAAGAUGGAACACUAUUAUGAAUUAGGCCAUUAGAUAGUCAGCUGCAAUGCUCACAUUACGAAUGGAGAGCAUCAAGCGGGUAACUCUGUGUCCAUUGAGGCUUAUAGAACUGCAUAUUUGGUUCAAUCCAACAUGUGGAAGAUGUUUCUCAUGCUAGAGAUCCUGCUGGAGUGGGAGGAGUAUGGGUUUUGCUUCUUGGUGGCCAAACUCAGUGGACUGUGGUCCCUGUUGCAAUGCUGAUUUCUAUUAGCAGCAUAAUUGCAGCUGAUAUUUAUGCUUUUGUUGGUGGCAAGGUUGCCAAAUAUCUACCACCUCUUGGAAGUCAUUAUCAUCAAUGCUAUUCCACUUCAAAGCCAACUCUUGAACUUCAAAUUAUGGUGAUUUAUGUUCAUUAGAUUCUGUGACUCUCUUAGAAUUCUUUUAAAUUUCUAAUUUGUCAUUCAUUGAGUUCCACUCUUAAUACUUUAUUUUCCUUUUAUGAGUUGGUGGAUUUUCGCAGUUUGUUUGUUUAGAUUUUGAACUUCACAGCCAACUCUUGAACUUCAAAUUAUGGUGAUUUAUGUUCAUUAGGUUCUGUGACUCUCUUAGAAUUCUUUUAAGUUUCUAAUUUUUCAUUCAUUGAGUUCCGCUCUUAAUGCUUUAUUUUCCUUUUAUGAGUUGGUGGAUUUUCACAGUUUGUUUGUUUUGAUUUUGAAGGUUGAAUCACAAGUGGAGCUUUGAAGUAUCAGUGGGGGGAUUUUAUCAAAGGGCCAUGAGCAGAAGCAAGAUGUGCGGCGCUGAGGUCUUUGUGGUCUUCGGAUCUUCUAAUGCUAUUUAAGACUUGCAGAUCAUGGUUGGUCCGUACAGUAGAAGAUCGUGGGAAUCACUGUCCACCGUUUCGAUCGUUGCAUCUACAAGCUAUUAGAGAUUUGGGCAAGCAACCUCUCUCUCUGCUAUUAAACUAUGCGUGCCUCUCUUGCCCUUGCCCUUGCCCAGCUCUAG